AUGCUAAGAAUACAUCUCCGCAGACUGUCGACUAUGCAAUCUGUGCCAAAGAAUACGACAACCAACUAUCCUCAGGAGUUUGUGAAGUUCCUCAAUGGGUCCCAUUCACCUUACCAUGCGGUCGAAAGCAUGAAAUCGGUGCUGCUGAAGCACGGAUUCAAGGAAUUGGAUGAGCGUGACGGCUGGAACGGGAAGGUUGAACAUAAGGGCAAGUACUUUGUCACUAGAAACAGCUCAUCGAUCAUUGCGUUCUCUGUUGGCGGGAAGUGGAAGCCUGGGAACCCAAUUGCGAUUACAGGUGCUCAUACGGACUCUCCUACGUUGAGGAUUAAACCGAUUUCUAAGAAGACAAGUGAGAAGUAUGCGCAAAUUGGCGUCGAAUGCUACGGCGGUGGGAUCUGGCAUAGCUGGUUUGACUCAGAUCUGUCCAUUGCCGGAAGAGUCUUUGUGAAGGACAGAUCGACCGGGGACACUGUAUCGAAACUGGUCGAUUUGAACAAGCCGUUGCUUAAGAUCCCAACGCUGGCUAUCCACUUAGACAGGGACGUGAACCAGAAAUUUGAAUUCAACAAGGAGACGCAGUUACUGCCAAUUGCUGGUCUUGCUAAAGCAGACCAAACGCCUAGUGAGUCCAAGGACGAUGCCACUUUUUCAUCUUUGCAAUCCAUCGUUGAGAGACACAACGAGGAUCUGAUCAAGCUAAUUGCCGAAGAACUGGGUCUUCCAUCCGAGUCAGAUAUCGAGGAUUUCGAGUUGAUCCUUUAUGACCAUGCAGCCUCGACCCUCGGAGGCCUGAAUGACGAGUUUGUCUUCUCUGGAAGGCUAGAUAACUUGACAUCCUGCUUCACCUCUUUGCAUGCCCUAGUCUUGGCAGCUGACACUAACAUAGAGGAAGAGCAUGGUAUAAGAUUAAUGGCCAGUUUCGAUCACGAGGAGAUCGGUUCUUCGUCAGCCCAAGGCGCAGACUCAAACUUCUUGCCAAACAUUUUAGAAAGAUUGACCGCUUUGAAAGCUGACGGCACCGACGAAUCUGAUCCCUUAUCGAGAUCCUGGCUGCUGGAGACCUCGGCCAAAUCAUUUUUCCUAUCGUCGGAUGUUGCACACGCAGUGCAUCCAAACUACGCCAACAAGCAUGAAUCCCAGCACAAGCCACUCAUUGGUGCUGGUCCAGUCAUCAAGAUUAACGCAAAUCAGCGUUAUAUGACCAACUCUGCAGGACUGGUUCUUGUGAAAAAGCUUGCCGAUCGAGCAAAGGUUCCGCUUCAGCUCUUUGUCGUCGCCAACAACUCACCAUGUGGUUCUACUAUCGGUCCAAUUUUAGCUUCAAAGACAGGCAUAAGGACUCUGGAUCUGGGCAAUCCCAUUUUGAGUAUGCACUCCAUCAGGGAAACCGGAGGUUCCGCCGACCUGGAGCUCCAGAUCAAGCUUUUCAAAGCGUUUUUCGAGGACUACAGUUCCUUGGAGUCUAAGAUUAUCGUUUAA